UCGUCAUCGCCGCUUCCCUUCUCUCCUACAACCCCUUCAUCCCUCCCACCUCUUCCCUCAUCCCCGCGGACCAAGCCGUCAAUAUCCGCCCGUCCCCUACUAUUGACUGGCCUCCCGACCUGGUUGUCGUGGGGUUCUCUCCAGAAGCCGGUCGAACCCUUUCUUUUUAUCUUCCGACUCCUCGUCACGGUAACUGAGACCGUUGGCACCUGCCGCUCCGACUCCCACAAUCCAGUCCCUUCUCGAUAAUAGGCAGCUCGAUUCGUUGGUCUUUCGAAACCUUCGCCUCUUUUCUAGCGUCACUCUUUUCGCGAUCUUUAGCGACUCAACUGCGUUAAUCCUACUUAGAUAAUCGAUCUAUUGGGAAAGUCGACAACGGGGACUGCUUGCUCUCCGACGCAGGCAUCUAGGUCUUUUGGGAUAUUCAGAUCCGUUAUCUUGGGGGUCAGCUUUCACCUGAAUUGUCCAAUGUCAUCUAGUUGUCGAUGGCAAUAGGCGGUUUUUAAAUACCCAUCCCCACGUCCCGAUCUUGCACUCUUGUUACUAUGGGACAGUCUUCUUCGACGCAAAGAGACCACCGUCACGAUAAUCACCUAGAACACAUCUUAUCUCUUCAGGCAGCCCGUGGUCGGGUUAAUAGUGAUGCGGACAUGAACGACGGGCGCGGCAUUGAGAGGACCGGGGACUAUGAGCCCCAGUCAAGACCCGAAAUAACCGACAGUGGCAUUCAGACUUCCCCUUCCGGUCAGCAGAGCCGGUCCGCGGAGUCCUGGCACCCGAUGAUUUCCGGAGAACAACCAGGAACCUCGAGACACAUGGCAAGCAUCCAGGAGGAGAAUGGGUCACAAUAUGAAUCGAGUCAGCGAGAAUACCGGUCGGCUAUCUUCGCUCGCAUGGCUGCUAGAAGACAGUCCACUAUGUCGCGGUUAGGGUCAAGGAUCUUGCCAAAUUCGGUUAUCCGUGGGCUUCUCAGCAGCGAAGAAGAAACGCCUGCCGAGGGCCACGCUCAUCGGCAUGGAGUCGUUUCGCGAACCCUCCCACGCUCUGAAGUUUCUCACAGUAGCAGUCGCUUCAGCCCCUUCAGCUCCUUUGGCUCAAGAGGUAUCAGCCGACGACGUUCGAUUCGUGGGCCUUAUUUUAUUCCGCGCAGUGACCCGGGCCUGAUUCCGGACACCACUCAUCCUUCUACAUUCUUCGAUCCCACCGCAGACCAUACGCCAGAAAGCACGAGAGGAUCUUGGCGUCGAAGUGCUCGAUUGCAUCGUGUUCGACACUCCCUGUCAAGCCCUAUCACGCAUAUGUUCGGUCAGUCGUCCUCGAAUAUGACAGAUCCCAUCACGACCAAUGGGCAACAACAUCCUUUGGGCUCAUUGUCCAACGAGCCACCACAUACCUUCCUUCCGCAUCCAGGACCCAUGGACUCUCGUAUGGACUUCGACGAGCCUCACGAACUGGACUCCGUUGAGCCUGCUGUAGGAAGCACUCGUCCUACUUCCCCGAUGUUGUCGCAGUCUGCACAGGGAUCGACGGGCUUACGACAACUCCCAGGCCUAUUGCGAGCCAGAUCAUCUAGGGCUAUGCGGCGGGAGGAGCAGACGCCUCUGUCGCGCGUCCUUCAGCUAGCCGCUGCUGCCAUCGCCGCCCAGCUUUCCGGUACUACCGGUCCAGUAAUGCCUAAUAUCCAAGCGCUCGGUAAUGACGGUUUGGACGGCUCUCUGGAAAACUUCAUUCAAAGCUUGCAGCACGCGACGUCAACACAGACAACGCCAAAUGAUUCACCCGGGCCCUCUGCUGGGGACACAGGGACUGGGCCAGCGACACCUGUCAAUUUCUUGCGAGUAUUCAGAUUUGCCAACUCGGAGAACGCUGGCCCACUUGGCAUGUCGAACCGCUCUGCGGGUGAGUCCGAUAACCUUGGCAGAAGUGCGGAUGGGAUGGAUUUAGAGAAUCCAAUGGACGGACCCGAGGGACGGACUGUCACCCUGGUUGUCGUGGGAGUUCGAUCGGUACCAUCAGGCAACGGCCCGAGGAGCGACCAACAGGCCAACGGUGGUCCCGGCUUAGAUGCCUUACUCCGUCUGCCGUUCUUGUCUCCAGGAAACCUUGCCCGUGGCCCGGAAAAUGGUUCUACUCUUUCACCGCGUGCCGAAGGACGUCCAAGGUUCCCCAUAACUAAUCGAAAUUCGGUGGGAAGUCCUAGUACCCUGAACAUCAAUGGUGACACCCCGCAAUUGCAGGGCCACCAAAGCCCGUCGCGGCGGCUGUCUGACACUGGAGGCCGGGUGCCUCUGUCCUCUGUCCCUUCUGUGCCCUCGGAAAGUCCUCCGGGCCCUCAUCCUCCUCCAUCCACACCCGCCGAGCCAGGCCUUUCGGCGGUUUCAUCAGGGGCUUCAACCCCCAGCCGCAGGCCAUCCGCUGCGUCGAUGAUGCCCCCAAGCGUUCUGCUGCAGCCUGACGAGAACCGGACUAUGCAGCCUACGGUUGAAGUUGACGAAAAUCCACCUUUUACGGCAUCGCACCAGCGACGUCGAAGUGAUUCUGAGUAUGCUCGGCAUCGUGAUCUGGGCUCCGGUGCGGUCCGGCGCAAUGGAGUUGUCGAACCCGACCAUGCGCCACCACCUGCCGGCAGAAGUUGGCUGAUCUACGUGGUUGGCACAAACCUUUCCGAGAACCACCCUGCCUUUGCAACUCCAAGCCUGUUCACCGACAACCCGACUUACGAGGAUAUGAUACUGCUUUCAUCUCUCUUGGGUCCCGUGAAACCACCCGUUGCCACCCAGGAAGAACUCAGCUCCGCCGGCGGUCUGUUCCGUCUCGUGGAGUACGGCGGAUCGCUCACCGCGGAGGCUUUGGAUGGUGCUGGCACCAUCCAUAUUCCCGACGGAGACCGCUGUCUGAUCUGUCUCAGCGACUACGAGGCAGCCGAGGAACUUCGCCAACUGAACAAAUGCAAGCAUGUCUUUCACCGAGAUUGCAUAGAUCAGUGGUUAACAACCGGUCGCAACUCUUGCCCCCUGUGUCGAGGCCAGGGCGUUGUCGAUUCAGCCAACUCGGAUGGCGCGACGACUGGACCGAGCCCUGCUGCAGUGUGAGCAAGUCCACCUUUCGCCUUGGAUUUCUCUACCCUUCCAGGAUUCCGAACUAUCUCUUUUUAAUAGCCCCGAACCAUCUGAGGAUUAUUAGCAUGAAGCGUCUAUUUAGCAGUCUCACGAACUUGUUUCCUUCCACCUUCUUCCUUUCUCAUAACGGAUAUCCAGUGCAUCUUUGAUCUUUGAUCUUUCUUUUUUCUCUUUCACAGAACGCCCCUGUUUUGGUUCUUGGGCUUCGGGCAUCAAUGGCAUUCAAAUUGUGCGGCGUACCCAGUUCGCUAUGUUCCGGUGGCCUGGAUGUCUUCACCAUGAUACUACCCACACGGGGUUCUUGUACUUCAUUUUUCUAUGUGACAUACCUUAUUGGAUAUUGAAAUUUGCCUCCCUGCUCCUGCGCGUGGCUGUAUAAUCUAUCAGUCUUCUGGCUCCUCGAAUCUAGCAUAUAGAGUAUAGAUCGUAGGACAACGCCCCGCCAUCUCCGCCCCUCCACGCUGACUCAUCCCACCCGCGUCGACCCCUCCGGUAUCG